AGCCGGCCCGCUUGUCCCAGGAGUCCGUGCGAUGGGGAGUGCAUCCAGAGCUCGGGGGCGCUGGCACUGGCCAUGGGGAUGGGCGCCAGCGGGGAGGAGGCAAGGAUCAGUGGUCGGGGGUCACGGUAUUAGCGGGUCAAGGGAGGGGGUCUCCAUGGGCAACGGGUGCAUGGAGGGCGCCAGCCCGGGCACGUGAGCGCCUACACCAGUUGAACUCGCCUAUCAGUUACCAUGACGAGGAGGAAGGGAGGAGGGUGACGGAGGGACCAGACGGUAGGAAGCAGUACAGGCAGAUUCUGUAACAUGUCCACAUGUACAGCGCUCAACGUUGGGCGCCGCAGGUACCGAACCUGUGUGUGGUAAAGGUCAACCAGACAGAUCUGACACGUGUUACUGAUGUGUGUGUGGUCUCUGUUUUCUCCCUAUGGUAGCUGGGAGCGUGUGUGGAGCACUGCCGGACCACUCAGAGACCCGGGGUAGUAUGCGGGGUCGCCCAGGCCUGUCGUCUCUCCCGCUGAGCUCAUCCACACAGAUAGGCAACCGCUGGCCACCCAAACGUACGAGGAGGGUGAACCCGCAGGAGAAAAUGAGUCGUUCAGGUUCAGUUAUGGGUGUGUGGAUCAUCAGUCAUUUCAGAACUGGAGUAGGGGGAGAAAGGUCAGAGAAGGGUCUGGGACCGGAAGUGGAAUGUGGCUUUGUUAAAUAGGGUGCUAUCUUAUUUGAACAGAGGAAAUAAUCCUGCAGACAGGACAUUUGAAUUAUUAUGAGGAUUAUAAAUUAAUGGACAUUUUGUAGGGGGGUUGCUAUUUUUCGUCAGGGCAAAUCAAAAUCAUGAAAAUUUAAAGUGGAAUUACAAACUUUAGAAAGCCUUUUUAACAUUGAAUACACUUUACAAGUUUGCAUUUUGCUACGCAGGGAAAUGUCUGCAACAACAGAUGAUCAAAUUAAGAUAGACACACUGAGUGUACAAAACAUUAAGAACACCUGAUCUUUCCAUGACAGGACUGACCGGUGUGAAGCUAUGAUCCCUAUUGAUGUCACUUGUUAAAAUCACUCAAUCAGUGUAGAUGAGGGGAGGAGACAGGUUAAAAAAGGAUCUUUAAACCUUUGAGGACAAUUGAGACAGAUUGUGUAUAUAUGCCAUUCAGAGGUGAAUGGGGCAAGACAAAAAUGUAAGUGCCUUGGAAUGGGAUACGUUUGUGUCAAGAAACAACUGAACGCUGCUCGGUUUUUUUCAUGCUCACAGGUUCCUGUGUGUAUCAAGAAUGGUUCCACCACCCUAAGGACAUCCAGCCAACUUGCCACAACUGUGGGAAGCAUUGGAGUCAACAUGGGACAGCAUCCCUUGAAAUGCUUUCGGACACCUUGUAGUGCCAUGCCAUGAUAAUUGAGGCUUGGUCUGAGGGCCAAAGGGGGGGGUGCGACUCCAUAUUAGGAAGUUGUUCGAAUGGUACACCCCCCCCCCCCCCCCCCCCUCUCAGGGUAUACUAUAAACACACUGUAUAUAGUCUACUGUGGAGUUGUCCUAAAUGAAUAGUGAAAUGGGACGUGCCUGGUUCUACGCUACACUAUGAGAGUGUCCUUACAAUGAGGAGGUGAAAUGGGACGGGCCUGUUUUUACGAACACUAUAUGAGAGUGGUCCCCUUUUACCAGAGUAGUGAAUGGGACGUGGCCUCCUGGGUCUACGCUACACUAUGAGAGUGGUCCUUACAUGAGUAGUGAAAAUGGGACGUGGCUUGGUUCUACGCACAACUAUGAGAGUAGGCCUUACAUGAGUAGAAAUGGGGACGGUGGCCUGGUUCUACACUACCACUGAUGAGGUGGUCCAUAAUGUGAGAUGACAUAUGUAAGAGAUUGAGGAAUGGGGACAGGUGGUUGUAUAUUAGCACGUGAAGCCUCUCUGGGAGAAUUGCCUAGUUUGCAUUAAACUGCCAUGUUGUCCUGGAGUGUAACUGCAGUCUCAAUUGGACCCACAGUCAAGUAUUCCCAUGUGUUUUGGCCUGCUGAUGUUGUUUAUCAUGCAGUCAGACACAGGAUGUGUGUGUUGGGGUCAUGUUUCAGUGCUGUGUAGGUUGUUCUUUGAGAGGGUGUGGUUCUAACCCAACUUUGGUCUUUUUGAUGUGGCAUCACCGGGAGGCUCUUGUCUUGUUCCGCUUGCGGCGCCUGAGCGCGCUAGGGGCCCCCUGCUUCAUGCGUCCAGGUACCGCGUUCGGGGGGGGGGGGCACUCCCAUCACCUACUUCUCACGAGGAUUCUCUUCUAUCUUCUCUCCCGGUGUGGCGACCCAGAGGCGCGGGGGGCGUGACGGGCUUCUCCCUCCAUCCAGUGUCCCCAUCCUUCCUCGGGGGGGGGUGGGGUUUCCGCUGCCUGCCUCCCACCGGCUCCUUUUGCCGGGGCGUAUUCACCCACGGCCCAAGGCGUUCCCUAUCCCCUGUAACCUUAAGACGCCCAUCCGUGGGUCGGUCUCACCUCCGGACUGGGAGGGGGGGGAAACCCCUCCCGGGCUCAGGGGGGGGUCCCCGUAUUCCGGGGCGUGAUGAUUCCCCACGGCCCGGCCCAAGGGCGAUAGUCGAGGGGGGGGGGGUGGGGUCCGUCAGCAAUUCCGAGCGGGGUGCCUCUCUCUCCGGUCCUGGGUACCUUACAGUACCCCGGCCCCUAUGGGUUCUCCUUCGUUGCUGUUCCUGCCCCCGCUUUCGCCCGGCUCCCUAUGCGCGAUGUCAGGUGAUUUAGCCCGCGGGGGGGGGCGGGGGGGACUUCCUCUUUUCCGCACCUCCAACCCUUUGGGUCAUUUGCGAGUCGGGACCUCUCGUGUGCUGGUGGCUCGUUUUUUGGCUCAUCUCCUCUCGCCGGAGCUACACGGGGCCCCAACUCCUUCCGCCAUCCUUCCAGCGACUUGGUAGGGGGGGGGUCGGUUCAUCUCGCUACUCUGGGGGGGGGUCGCUCUUGUUUUUUACUUCUCCCGGCGGGCGGAUGUUUCGGGCUUUUGCUACGUGGUUUCGAAGGGGCGGGGUUUUUAGCAUGGCCUUGUGCUUUGGGUACCAAGGCAUUUUUCUUGGGGACGGAGGGCCAUUUCCUCCUGCCUCCAUUAGGCUGGGUUUCCCAGCUCAAAUCCGGGGGUGUGCGAGGGCCACCGGGUUUUCCUUGCGGUUCAGCCGGUUAUUCGCCUACCAUUGUCCCGUAUUGGCUGUCGGGGGGUUGGUCCCUUUCCCCUGGGGGUAUGCGCGGGGCGGUUCAACCGUGCGGGCCUCCGGGAACGCCAAGUGGUGCUGGCGGGAACCGGCCCGUUUGCUCCGCACGCCCGGAGGCUGCUGGCGGUUGGGGGAUCACUGGCGCCUUUGCGGGCUGUCCGUAUUCCGGGCGUGGUCUCCUCAUGCGAACCGGGUCUUUCCCCCCUAGGGGUCUGGGUUUCUCAUGUGGUCCCCGUCUGUGCCUGAGAGGGGCCGGGGGCUGGCUCGCGGGGGCAACCCAUCCGCCGUAACACCUUCGCUUCACUCUCAGGGGAUUUAACGUCCUCAUCGUGGACCAGUGCUCCAUGCGAGAAGUCACAUCCAUCGUGUGCUUGCUGCGAUGCUGGGUUCCUUAGGCGCUGGCUCACUAGGUCUACUACCAGGACAAUAAUGAGGGCAGUCUGUUUCCAUCGGGUUCCUGUCUUUCGCCUUGCCUGCUCCAGGGGGUUUACACGGGGCGGGUAGGGGGGAAUUCUUCUCCCUCCAUGCUUCUUCAUUCUACAGGGGAGGAGGUUUACGUCUGGGGCACACGGGCAACCGCACCUGAAAUGACCGGGGGCAGUGUUUAUCCCGCAUCAGUUCGGCUGGGCUCCCCCUUUCUACGGGCGUCCUACUGGGCGGCGGGGGGGUCUUCCUCUCCCCUCUCGCUUAUUUGCGGGGGGCAAGCACGAACUCCUUUUUAUUCUAUCUCUCUGGGGAACCUCCCAUGGCGAGUACGGCGUUGAGCGAUCGGGUACACGCCUCAGCCUCUUUUGGGCCACCUGGGAGGGGACCACGCUCCGUUCUUUUCCCAAAGUGCUCAACUUGGGGUGCCGCCUGUGGAUGGGUAGGGGCCUCUUCCGGCAUUGGGGGGCCCAUCCCUCGUAUCUCUUUUAAGCCCCCAGCACCCUCUCUGUGGGCCAGUGAGGGGUAUUGUCGGGCCGAGGAUCCGACUUAUGUCCAUCUGCUAGGGCCGGGUCAAUGAUCAUACUCGGAGAGGCACCUAGUGGAUACCUGUUCCGGAUUUGCGCUGGCAAUAGGGCCUAUUUUGGGAACUGUAUCCUGCAAUUGGUUACCCUGGGAGACCCCUAGCGGUAGGCAGGGUUCGAGCGGUGGGAACCCCGAGCUGGGAUAUCAGCGGGUCUUCCGGGCAGCGGCCAAGGUACGGGCAGUUCGGGGGGUUUGGGCCAUCGGGGGUGUACCGCUCCGUGUACCGGGGUGCUUGGCGGUCUGCGGGGGGGGCAGGUCGGGUGGGUAUACCGGGAUGUUGUGAUUGGCUGGUGUGUGGUGGUGUUGGGUGUGUAAACAGGAUUGUCUGUGUGUGUGUUUAACGGAUGGUGUGUGUGGUGUAUGGGGGUAUAUCCAGGUGUGUGUGUUGAAACUCAAUAGGAGUAGUGUCUGGAGUAGUCCAUGGUAACACUGUUCUGUGUGUUUGCUUUUGUUGUUGAUUCUCACUAAUGUGUGUCUGUGUCUGCAGGUACGUGUGUGUUCAUAUCUCGAGCCCAGCUGAUGAACUGUCAUGUGAGUGCAGGGACCAGACACAAGGUGUUGCUCAGGAGGCUGCUGGCUGCCUUCUUCGACAGGUUAGUGUGUGUGUGUGUGUGUGUCUCUCUCUCUCUCGCACAUCUGACGUGUGUGUGUUUAUACGUCUGACGUGUAUGUGUGUGUGUUUUAUAUGUCUGAUGUGUGUUUAUACGUCUGAUGUGUGUGUUUAUACGUCUGAUGUGUAUGUGUGUGUUUAUAUGUCUGAUGUGUGUGUGUGUUUAUAUGUCUGAUGUGUAUGUGUGUGUUUAUAUGUCUGAUGUGUGUGUGUGUUUAUACGUCUGAUGUGUAUGUGUGUGUUUAUACGUCUGAUGUGUAUGUGUGUGUGUUUAUAUGUCUGAUGUGUGUGUGUUUAUACGUCUGAUGUGUAUGUGUGUGUUUAUACGUCUGAUGUGUAUGUGUGUGUGUUUAUAUGUCUGAUGUGUAUGUGUGUGUUUAUAUGUCUGAUGUGGCCCCCCCACGGGGGGCCAGUAUAAAAAAAAUAUGUAUUCACUAACUGUAAGUCGCUCUGGAUAAGAGCGUCUGCUAAAUGACUAAAAUGUAAAUGUGUGUUUAUACGUCUGAUGUGUAUGUGCCUACCUGCCUCUGUGUGUGUAUUAACGGUUGAUGGAUGUCUAUAUGUUUAUAAACGUAUCAUUAUACUCUUUCCCCUGUCAGGAACACUCUGGCUAACAGCUGUGGAACAGGAAUCCGCUCCUCCACUAACGACCCCAGCCGCAAGCCCCUGGACAACAGAGUGUUGCACGCAGUCAAAUGUGAGUGUUUCACUUAAACACAAGUGCCUUUGGUUAGUUGACGGCUGAUUUAGGAUUGGGUUUAUCAACUCUCUGGUCUUUUCCUCUUUUCUCCCUUACUCUCUCUCUAUUCCCCUCCUUCCCUCCCUCCCUCAUUCCUUUCUCCCCUCUCUCUCCUCCUUCCCUCCAUCAGUCUACAGCCAGAACUUUGCCACGAGCUUCAAGGAGAGCGAGAUGAACGCCAUCGCGGCAGACAUGUGCACCAACGCCCGCCGCGUCGUCCGCAAGAGCUGGAUCCCCAAGCUGAAGCUGCUCAUGGCCGAGGGCGACGCGUACUCCGCCUUCCUCCCUGACGCCAAGAUGGAGGCUGAUGCCAUAGGGGCGGAGCCAGGCUUUGAACCCAACUCCCUGGAGGGCGCGGAGACGGGCGGCUCGUCCGGCGAAUCGCUGCAUGGGGUGGGCAGCGACGGAGGCACUUUGUUUUAGAUGGGGAGGUGGAGUACAGAAGUGUUUAGAAGACGACGAUGAUGAAUACCUAUAUUUCCCUGUACUCCCCUCUUUCUUCUCCUCUGGUGGUGUGGCCCAUCCCCCUGACCCUUUAGCCUUUUGAUCCUCCACCCCCAACUUGUGACUCUAAAACGUUGCUAGGGGAAACCGGGGUUGUUACCAGGAUGUUAACCAGGAAGUUAUGCUUUAAUUUUGAAAGCGAGAGUCCAAGCAAUCGUAACUUCCAAGAUGGUUUCUACUGUAUGUUGGUAUGGGGGUAGAGAGAGGGUGAUGGAUUUAUGGGGAUGGGGUGUUUUGUUUUUUUCCCCAAUUUCUUUGAUUCUCUGUUUAGGUUUUUGAACCAAAUUCCUCCCUCUCCAUAUCAAAACACAUUCCCCUGGUUUUGAAUGUAGAUGUCGGCAGCAUCGCACAAUGUCAGUCUGAACGAUUGUAAACCAACCUCUUGAGGAGAAACAAACCGACAAAGAUAACUUACUCUAUGGAUAUGAGAGAGACUGUAGUUUCUCUCUAGAAUGAAAGAAAGAGAAAAGGGGAGGGAGGGAGUGAUAGAGACCCCGACCCCACCAGUCCUCCUGUGACCAGAACAAAAUGAUCAUGCCCUCAGUUUUAAUGUACUCUCUUGUAUCUUUUAUGAUCACAGCUCGUUUCUCUGUUUGUAACAGGCUAUGGAGCCAGAGAUGGGGACUACAGGUUGUACCAUGAUUGUAAAGAAAUCCAAGGGGAACAGAAAAAGACGGUCAUAUCUUUUGAAUAUGUAUUUAUACAACUGUGGGUGUGUACAGAAAGAAAGGGAUUGGUUUUAAAUUUCUGUUUUAUUGUAUUUUGAACAGCUGUUUUUGCAAAGAAAGUCCUGCUCCAAAAAAUAAGAUUUAAAAGCAAGUAAGGAAAAGUGCUAUUUUUGCAUAAAAAUAUGGUGUUGAUCAAGUGGUCAGAAAAGUCUUAAAGUAGAGCCUUUUGAGUUUUUUGUUUUGACAAACUAUUGAACUGAAAAAUAUCUGUUUUUAAGACAGAACUGGGCACUUUCUACCUGCGGCAAUCCAAUAUAGCUUAUUAUCUUCUCUUCUUUUCUCUAUGGAAAUGGUCAAGAAGCCUAUCUAUGUGGCUGGACUGUUGACUACGAUGACUGACUGACUAUGUUAUGCUUGCUAGCGAGCUAGCGACGCUACUAUGCUAGCUAAACUGCUUACUCGAAAAUCACGGCUAAAUGUAGAAAUGCACAGCUUGAAUCGACUGGUUGACUGCUGCAACUAUCGUGCUAGCUAGCUAACCCCUCCUCCGUGUUGGUUAGUAACGUGCUCCGACGCAAACUACUGACAUCAUUACACAUCAUGAGGUGGUGAUUCAACAACCGGAAAACAUUUGGAAUAAUGGAAUGUGCCUUUUUAAUCGACAUGGGAUAUGCAGGGGUGGGUCCUGCUUAUGUUGAUGUUGGGAAGGAGGGGGUGGAACGGGUGGUAAAAGGUGGUAGGUCGUUCUGCUGGAGACAGAGGUGUAACACAUGUGUCCCAAAGAGAGAUGGGGUGAGGUCAGGGGGAUUGGCAUUCUGGUGGAGUGUGUGGGUGUGUUUUUAACAGUCUUGAUAUAUGUGCGAGAGCAAGCGUUUGUUCAUUCCUUGAAUGUGACUGAAAAGCAUAUUUGUUCCUGUGUGAUUAAUGUGUAGGUGAGUGUGCUUUAAGUGUGUGUGUCCUCCACCUGGUAGUGUUUUGGAUUGGUUUAAGACUCCCUCUGCUGGGACACUUGUCUAUGUGGACGAUGACCUACACCAUCUUCCAUACACCUUUGCAAUCAAAAAGAUAUCUUCACAAGUGUCAGUGAGACGCCUUCAGAUAGAAAUGUGAUGUAUAGCGCGGACGCAAUUCACUUUUAUCCAUACGGCAGAGAAGCAGGUCCCCUCUAUGCAUGACAUUUCUAUGUCCUGAUUGCUGUUGUAUAACUCCCUCUCAUGUUUAGAAAAUCCAAAAUGGACAAUGCUGUUUUUUGUGGUUUGACAUGGUUCUGCACUUUCCUUGACAGGGGAAGUCAAAGCACCUUUCUGGAGAUGUUAAAUGGGAGGUGAAGCACCUUUUAUAUGAGAUGAACCCAUGGUUCCUGCACCUUUGAUAAAGGGUUUUGAUGGGUCGUGUGGAGAAUCAACCCUAGGGUCAUGCAAAGGUAUGGCCUUGUUCAAAUACUUCUAAGCGGCAUCCUUCCUCCGUUUCCUUGAUGUAAGCACUUCAGGGAAGGGAAUAAAGGAAGGGUGCAUUUAGAGAGUAUUGGAACAUAGCCUGCGUCUCAGAUCUGUGGAUGUGGGAUGCACUGGGAUGUCUCCAGUUGUAAAUAUUGAGAAGACCGUUGAGCUGACUCUUCUACGCUCGUCUAGUGAUGUCCUAUGUAGGAUGUUUGUGAUUGUGUAAAAGUGUGGAAGGGAUGAAAGAGGACUGUUUUUAUAUUUUUUAGUUAUUUUUUACUCUGUCUUUUGUGUUGUCGAGAUGUCAUGGAGACUGGUGUGUGUGUGUGUGUGUGUGUGUGUGUGUGUGUGUGUGUGUGAGCUCCCAGCAUGCAUUUGGCCUAGAGAUCAGAGGUCGGAGGAGAAUAAGGAUGAUGGUUGCUUUGGUCUUAAAGUACUGGCCUAAUGUGCUGCUGAGUUAGUGUGACUGAAGGGGAGGGAAGAGGGGUGAUGUUUAGGGAGAGAGGUGUCAUGCUACAGACUCUCUCCAUCAGAUUGUUGUACAGAAAAAAAUAUUCAUUUUAAAACAAUUUUUUGUAUUGCUUAUGUUUUCUCUUUUCUCUAAAGAAACAUGUACUGUAGAGACCUAAAAGAAAUGCUACUAAUUGAAGGUGGUGAAUGAUUUGCCAACUUCUUGCUGAAGAAAAAACAGGAAAAGGAAAGAAGGAUAAUUAUACGAUAGCUAGACAGAGCACCGAUAGCUAGACAGAGCACCGUAUAUUUUUAUAUUUUUUUGUGAUGAGGGUUCCAUGAGAGGUUCUUCCAGGGGGAGGAUGAUGGGACAGACUAGGGUACUGUACUGUCUCU